AUGUCGUACUACAACGCCUGGGGCUGCCCCGGAUGCGACGCCGCCGGCGCCGGAAUGGCCGGCGUCGCGUCCGGCCUCGCGGCGGCGGCGGCGACGCUCGGCGCGUCGUCCGCGGCGACGGCGACGGGGUCCGUCGCCGUCGGCGCGGCGGCGGCGGCGGCGGGCGCGGGCGCAGGCGCGGGGCUCGCGGCGGCGACGGGGACGGCGGUCGCGACGACGACCGCGACCGCCGCGGCGACCACAGCGAUGCAGCUCGUGAGCGGGUUCGUCGUCGUCUCCGCGCGCGUCGCGGUGUUGACCGCGAUGUACUGGGCCGUCGCGAACGCGUUGUUCGUCGUCGUCCCGCCGGGCGAGCCGCUGCCCGGGUACGUGUACCCGACGCCCUACCCGGCUCCGGAUCCGACGUGGAGCCCGUCGCCGCCGCCGUCCGGCGUGGUGUUCGCGUACGGGAGCGGGAGCGCGACGACGCCGCCGCCGUUCGCGGAUUACUACUACCCGACGCCGCCGCCGCCGCCCGCGAUCUCGGUCGGCGCGUUUUACUCUCCGCCGCCGCCGCCGACGACGACGACGACUUCGGUUGCUGCGCCGUACCCCCCGAUGCCGUCCCCGCCCCCGGCGUCGACCCUCCCCCUGCCCCCUCCGAUGGCGAUGGCGAUGGCGUGCGGCGUCGGCGACAUCGCGCGGUCGUGCGUCGGCGAGUGCGCGAUGUGCAUCUACGACGCGGACGCGGAGGAGCCCAACUGUUGCUGCGACGCCGAGGUGCGUUCUAUACACUGGUCCCCAUACGACCACGUUGGCGUGGUGAACGCCGAUCCUUAA